AUGUCAUAAAGCAUAGGAUAAUAGCAUACUUAAUAUCAAUAUUAGUAGUAGCAAAUGGCUUUGAUAACUAACAAAAAGCAAAUAAAAUAAAUUAUUCCUUAAACUUAGCAAAAUUCAAAAGAAAAAGGAAAGACUGCCAAGUCUACGCAAAACAAUUACAACAGACUUUAUACAGAAAAUAGUUAGGGAUCAAUAUCUUAAAGGCAAAUAUUUAUAAAUUAAUGUUAAAGGACUAGUUCAAAUUGCCUUUUUUGUAAUAAGUGCAAGAAGCCUUCCUAGUUUAGUCUGAUGAUAUCAACUGCUCUUUAUUCCAAAUAUAGUGCAUCUUAAAAUUACUAUUUUACAAAGGAUAUAAAUGAUAUUUUAGCAAACUAGCGUACAUCUGCUGUGAUUUAGUUAAAAGACAUACAAACAUACGAUGAAAUUGAAGAGUAUCUCAACAGAUUUUACUUUUUACAUGAGUACGAUAAUAAGAUUAAGAGAUUGACUGAAUACUAUAAAUUUCAUAGAGACAUUGCUCGUUUAUUUAUGGUCCCCACCACUAAUAUCCUAAAUAAGUUCCAUGACAAAAAGAGGAGAAUUUAUUACAUUUAAAUUACUCGUAUGUUAAAAGAAAAAGAGGAAAAAGAAGGUAAAAAAGAUAAUUAAGAUGAGUAGGCAGUAGCUCUAAAAGCAGAGUAAAAAAGCAAAAAAGAAGAUGUAAACAAGGAUAAUAAAAAUAAAAAAGAUGAAAAAGAUUUAAACAUUGAAGAUAAAAACAAUAGAUCAGAUCUAUGUAAAACUUUAAAUGAUAACGAACGGUUCCUAGCGCCACUUGAUGAUUUAGAUGAGUAAACCAAAUCAGUUUAAAGUAAUACACUCUAAGAUUUGAAUCAUAAAUUAAAUGAUAUAUUAAUAAAUUCAACAAAAAGUAUGUAGAGUUAUUUUUUUGAUUAGGAUGUUUCUUAAAGUAUUGGAAAUCUAAGCAAUUUUUUGAACCACCUAAAAACAUAAAAUAAUUAAUAAGGUCUUCUGUAAGCACCAUUAGCUUCUUAGAGAUAAUCAGAAAAUAUUUUGAAUAAUCAAAUCCUAACAGAAACAGUCAGCAAUGAAUUUAUUGGUUUUAACUCUUAAUAGUUUUAAAAUAUAAUUUAGAAACAAGGUUAGUAAAAUCACUAGCCGUUGCUUAUUAAUCACUAAAUACUUCAAAAUAAUAAUUUAGAGUUAAAAAAUGGAUAAAAUUUGGUUAAAAACAGCUAGAACGUUAAAAAUUUCUUGAAAAAAGACUCAUUUUCUAAAAAAUCUUAAAAUGAUUUGAAGCAAUAAAUUCUUUAAAAUGGUUAGAAUUUUUAAUAAGGAGUUUUAAAUAACAAACUUUAAUCUGAAAAUAGCAUAGCCCAGUAAAUAUCUUUAAAUAAUUCUCCACCUCAUAGCUAAAGGACUAUAUAGGAGUCUCUUAAAAAUAAUAAUAUAGGCUUGAAAACAGAGAGAGAAUCUUACAACCUAAGUAAAGAUGAAAUGGCUCAAAAUCAGAUAUCAAAACUCAAUUAAGAUAUGAUAAAUUUAGUAAAUUUUAAGCCUUAGAUUGAGCAACUAUAAUAACAAUAGAAUCUUAAUAAUAGAGGUAAAACUGAGCAGGCAAAAGAUUUGCAAAAAGGAAUAGCUGCUAUAUCUAGUCAACCAUCAUAAUACUUAAGCUCUAUUUAAACUUAAAAUCCUUCUUAGCACCAAUCAUUAAAUGAAAAACAUGGAUCAAAUCUAAAAUAGCAAAGUCUUAAUAGUGUAGGAUACAACAAAUAUUAAGUUGAUGGGUAAAUAAGCAGCAUAACAGGAUUUUCCGCAAAUAACACAUUAAAUGUAGCUAGAAAUUCAGAAAAAAAUAGUGCAAAUUAAUCCACAAAAGACGCAAAAAACUACGAAUAUCCUUUUAGUAAUUAAUUUUCAGAAUUUACAACAGGUAAAUAAUCAAUUACACAAUCAGUUGAAAGGAAUAGUUUGAAUUCCCUUCAGUAGAGCAUAAAUGGAUUAGGAAAAUAGUUGAAUACCGAAGGAUAAAUAGUGUCUUCAUUACCAACUGAGCAAAUUAAAAAUGGUUUAUAAAGUAAAUUGAUGAGUAAUACAAGCUCUAAAUACCAAAGCUAGUCAAAUAAAGAAUAGAAAUCAUCAUAAAAUAUACAAAUAUAAAAUACAAGCUAGAAUUAGAAAGUUAUAAUAUCAUAGCAAAACUCCAUGAAUUAAGAUUAAUUGGCAAGUAAAAAGAGCUUUAAUACAUAGUCUUCAGAUCAGCUUGCCCCAAAAAAAUUGAAUAGCAAUAGCGGAUUGAUUAUACCUUAAAUACCUCUCCCUUCAGGAUAAUAAGCUUCUUCUAUGAUCAUAGGCCAACAAUAAAACUAAUAAACCCUUUCGUAGUAGCUUAGUUAGCAAUUCUAAUAAUAAUUUUCUUAGUAAUUAUAGAACUACUAAAGAUCUCAAGUUUAAGAACUUUAAUAAUUUAGUGCAUCAUAAAGACAACUUUCAUAAUAAAGUAAAAGUGAAUUAAAAAAUGAGGAGACUUUAAAACCUCCUAACACAGACAGAUCUUAAUACAAUAAAAAAAGUAAUCAAUAAACUCUUUCUUAGAAGACUUUAUCAGCGAGAGAUAAAGAUAUUUCUAGCAAAGUUGUGAAUAAAGGAACUAUAGAUCUCAACUAAUAAAAAUAAAAAGCUUUUGAAGCAAUAAAUACAAGAAGAGAAAAUUAAUUUGAUAUUUAAGUGACUCUUCAACGUAAUAACUUAGAUAGCAAUAUAUACAAUGAAUAAAAUAUUUAAAUAAACUAGCCAUAGUUAAAAUACAACUAAGUGCAGAUAUAAAACUAUAUAGCAAACAAUUAACAAAAUAAUCCAAAAUAGAUGGAAGCUUAGCAAUUUGGAAAUAUCUAAAGCCUUAUUUAAGGAGCAGCUAUAAAAAAUUCAUCUGAAAACCUAAAAAUAUAUUAAAAUAAUGGUCCUGGUGAAUAAAUUUAACAAUACCAAUAGAUAAAUGGACAUGGAAGAACAUAAACUAUGGAAACAUAUAGAGAAGCAAACCUUAUGACAUCUGAUUUGUAAAGUUAUUCUCAAUCUUAACAAGCAUCAAGAAAUCAAAGUAAAACUAAAUAAAACAUACCACUUUAAUAAUCGAAUCUUAAUUAGCACCAAAAUCCGGGUUCAUAAUCAACCUAGCUCACUAACGUUUAAAGUAGAUAAACAAGCCAAUAAAAAUCUUAACACUCUAUUAACUCUUAAUAGUUAAGUUAAUAGGUCAUUUAAAAUUAAAUUUAAUUAUAAAAUUCAUAAAUUUAAAUUAAAAACCAAUAAAUUUCAAAUGAAAACUUAAAUAUUUAUGUAAAAUACCCAAAUUUAAAUGAGUUCGAGCAAGCUUCGAACCCUCUUAUUGCCUCUUAAAUAAAAUAGUAAACAGUUAUUAAUGAUUCAAAUGUUAAAUAAACAGAAAAUUAAUAAUAUAUUCCCUCAUCAAAUGAUCUAUCUUAAUCUCAUUAAGGCUAAGUUUUCCUUAGAAAAUCACUCUCAAAUUAUAAAUUUGAAAACUUAGGAGAGUUAAAGUAGAUUUACAAAGAAGUUCAAAAGAGGACAGCUGCAAUGUUUUAAAAGCAUAAGGAUUCACUUAAAAACGCAUAAACAACUGCUACUAACUCUAGUAUGCAAGACACACAAUAACUUAAGCAAAACAGCCAAAGGUUAAAUUAUUAUGCUAAGGGCGAAGCAACUUAAAGAGGAAGCUAGACUUAAAGAGGACAGUAAAAUAGCACUGAUUAGUCACAAUCAAAAGAGAUUUCUCCAAGAAUAUAAAGAAUAUAAAAAACAGAAUUAACUUAUUAAAAUAACAGUUUAAUAAAAUAAAAUUCUGAUAGAGAGUAAAAUUAGAGAAGAGUAAGCUCUUAAAUCAAGAAUUCAAAUAUUGGAAAUAACUCCAACUCGCUUUAAAAUCAAUCAAAUCUCAAUAAUAAAUAAUAGCAAGGAAGUCUACUAAACGUUGGUGCAUCACAACUUCUUUUAACUGCUUAAUAGCUUACUUAAAAUAACAGAGAUCAAAAUUUAACUGCUGCAUAAAAGAAAUUGUAAUACAAGUAGCAAGCCAGUAAAAUUGGUUCUGAAUAAAAUAAUAGAAUGAUCCACUCAAAUCCUAAUGUAGAUUUUAAUAAGACCUCUUACAUAUCCUCCUAUAAUAAUAGCGCAAAUAAUACUAAUAUUUAUGUUCAGGGAUAGUAAAACGGAAUUCAAAGCUAGUAAGGCAGUGGAUACUCUACAAUAAUCAACAACUUUGGUUCUAACUCUCAAUUAAAUGCUAAUUCACAGAUUCAAAGUGUUGCAAACUCACAUCAAAAUUCAUCUAAGAAAAUUUUAGACAAAAUAAAACACACUAGAAUAAAUUCAAUGAACGCUGCUCCUACUCUCCACAAUUCAUAAAAUCCAUCAAUCUUAGCCAGCACUUCUACUUUUAAAUCGCAUAUACCUGCUCCUUAGUCUUACAGACAACAAACUUAAGAAAUACAGAAACAACCAUCUUCUAUGCAGUAGUAAGGCUAGAGUUAAAAUUAUACUUAAUUUAUGGUUUCAACUCAAAACAGCUCUAAUAAAAAGACUGUACAUCAUAAGUAUACUAAAAGUGAAGCUGAUUCAUUGACUUAAUCAACAUAACCUCAUAAUCUAUCUCAGAACCUUGUUUCAUAAACAAACCUGGGAUUUAGCUAACUUGCUAAUAGUAAUAUUGGCAAUAAAUAAACAAUCAUAAAAUAAGCUUCGUCUCUUUAAAAUAGCUAAUCAUAGUAGCAUCUUCAUGGUUAAUCAAACAUUAGUUAAAUAUUAGCUGCCUAAAACUAAUAACUUUAAAGUCUACCCUCAACAAAUUAAUUAACUUAGUAAACAGCUCCAGAGACAAAAAGAAUUAUGUCAUCAGUCUAAUAAACAAAUUAAAAUUCUUAGUCUCCAUAAAGAAACCAAUACAACUCUGCAGGAAAAAAAAAUUAAUAAUAAUAUUUUACUUACUCAAAUAAUAAUAUAAUAAACAUUUUUGUUAACAAUCACCAAGAAAAUAUGAAGGCAGCACAGGCUGGAAAUGCAAUAAGUAACUAAACUCAUAACCUACAUUAAAAUAUAAAUUCUAUAAUUAACACCCAGAUGAAUAUAAAUAAAAUUUAGCAAUAGUAAUCUUUUUCUUAAAAGUCUCAAAAUAGUCCACUGAAAAAAUCAAUAACCAAUUAAGGAAAAUUGUCUGCCAGACAAUCAGAGAAUUUCAGUAACAUAAAGAAUUUAUGA